GUCUGUCCUUCGGUCCCAGUCAGCGUGCCAGAUUCCGGGGCAGGAGAUGCUCGGCGACCUAUCCCCAACCCCUCCCAUCUUCCCCACCACGCGGCCGUUGGGUGCAGCGCGCGCAGCACCACGCGGGCAGGCGUCUAGGAGCAGGGAGCGUGCGCGCCUCCUGCCCGCCCGCAGGCCGCAAGAUUCCGGAGGAGUGGGAAUAGCUUUGCGAAAAAUGGGCGCAAUGGCCAAGCCAGACUGUAUCAUCACUUGUGAUGGCAAAAACCUCACCAUAAAAACUGAGAGCACUUUGAAAACAACACAGUUUUCUUGUACCCUGGGAGAGAAAUUUGAAGAAACCACAGCUGAUGGCAGAAAAACUCAGACUGUCUGCAGCUUUACAGAUGGUGCAUUGGUUCAGCAUCAGGAGUGGGAUGGGAAGGAAAGCACAAUAACAAGAAAAUUGAAAGAUGGGAAAUUAGUGGUGGACUGUGUCAUGAACAAUGUCACCUGUACUCGGAUCUAUGAAAAAGUAGAAUAAAAAUUCCAUCAUCACUUUGGACAGGAAUUAACUAAGAGAAUGACCAAGCUCAGUUCAAUGAGCAAAUCUCCAUACUGUUUCUUUUUUUUUUUUUUCAUUACUGUGUUCAAUUAUCUUUAUCACAAACAUUUUACGUGUAGCUGUUUCAAAGUGUGUUGGAUUAAUUAGGAUCAUCCCUUGGUUAAUAAAGAAAUGUGUUUGUGCUAAUA